UGUAGACUGGGCUGCUCCGUUGCCUGGAUGUUGAGUUUCUCAGUCUCCCCGCGAGUUGCAUUGCCGUUUCUUCAAUUUGUGCUGCCCCAUUUACUAACAUGUAUUCAACUCUGGUCCGGCCUAACAUGGAUCACUAAGGAACGAGCUUGAGUGGGGUUCAUGUGAAUUUAAUAAUCCGUGAUGCGAACCAAAUGAGUGCAUCGUGCGAAAUGCAAGCAGUGUAGUCGUUGGUGGUUGCAAGUGUGUUGGUUUUAAGUUUUAUCAUGGUAAGUGUAAAAAAGUCGCAGGGUUCAAAGAAAAAGAGGGUUACGUUUGCAUUUUGCACAGAUAAAAGCGACUGUUAUUCGAAAAUACCGAUAGAAAGCACAAAUGAAGUAUCAACCAGGCUUUCGAAGUACCUGGACAAAGACAGUGGACAUGAUGAUAAAUAUUGGAACCCGCCAGUCAGUACUCAUAAAAGACCGGAAAUCCCCAAAUUCGUGAAAGUUUCAGGAAAAGCCUGUAAUGUGAAAAAGACUCUUGUUAGGAAUGUCGAACAAGUUUUAGUGCCACUCGCAAGAGGAAGAUUGUGCCCUUCCAUUCCAGUAGAUAUUGUACAAGACAAACCAGGAUCAGAUGUGAAGAAGUCAAGUUACAAGAGCAAAUUUGCAACACCUGAACUCAAUACAACAUUGUGCAUAGCAAAAGAAAUUCAGGAUACUGCAAGAUUAGAUGCGAAACGACCAAGUGGCACAGGCAUCCAUCCACCAGCCAAGCAAGUGCUGGAUGUAAAGAUUUUAAGCAAGUUGAACUUUCCAUUUGAAGAGAAACUGUACAAGGACCUUGUCUCACUGACUGUGUGUGAUGAGGAGCUCCUUGGCAGUGAUGACAGGGUAAAGAGCAAAAGGGAAGUUGAAUUCAGGCAUUGCAAGGACCAGGAACCUCAGCUCACAGACUUCUGCACGCCAUCAGAUGGAAAAGAAUACAGUGUAGUGGAGCAGCCAGCCUCCUGUGGAAUGGAUAGGAUAAGAAGCUACAAUGGCUUCGGUUUAUAUGAAAGAAGUCAGACAUGGUUUUCUGAUGAUCAGGGGUGAUCUGCACAUAUUUCUGGCAAAAACGAAUCUUGACAUCAUUGCUUAAAACAGCAUGAGAUUGAUAUUAUACAGAAGAUUUUAUGGACUAUGAAAAUAUCAUUGUAAUUUAAACUGAAUGGAAUGUAUUUCAAAUUCUCAUCUUCCCAAGUUUUAUGACAGCUUUUUAACAUUGUGAGGACCAAUACGAAUGCGUAAUUCCCAACUGAUACAAGACAGUGACUUCCCUGCAGUUUGAGUAAAGUCACAAACAGUAAUAUCAGCCACUUUUUGUAGUGUGUUACUCAUAUGCAGAAAAGUUCAGCCCCACAUUUUUAUGAUCAUCUCUCAUAAGUGCCAUACAUUGAAGGUUAUUGACAGGAGGUAAUCUCUGAAGAGAAGGAAAACUGAAUUUCUAAUUCUGUUUCAGGUUGGUUACACUUCAGAUAAAAAAUGUACUCGUAAAUACAGUAUGUCUUAGUUUGUUCUA